CAUCGAUGCGCAACGUGCCCAACAACGCUUCCGGAGCAUCCGAAGUGGACUGUUCAACUGGCCCUGAGAUGUCAGUAGGCGGCCCAUUGAACGUUUUUGCCGUAACAUGAAUCCGCGUGGUUUGAUGUCAUUGCUACUACCACGUCACUCUUGCCAUUGAGUACAUUAGGAGAGCUCUUCUUAGGCCAGGUAGGAUGCUUGACAGUACCUACUAAACCAUUUCACUUGCCUCUCUACGAACUUUCUCUUCUCACGUACUUCCUUCCUCUCGUGUCCGCAAGUCCUUAUUGCAGAAACAUGGAGUACUAUCACGACACCUGGAAGCUGGGACUGCAGCCUGAAAGAAAGCUGAAGGUGAUCAUUGUUGGCGCUGGUAUCGCUGGCCUCUGCGCUGGAAUCGGCUUGAAGCAGUCCGGCCACGAUGUUACUAUCCUCGAGCAAGUGCGAGAGAUUGCUGAGGUUGGCGCUGGCAUCCAAAUGGCACCCAAUAAUAUGCGCAUACUGGGUCGUUUCGGCGUGCUCCCUGAAAUUGCCAAGCACUGCAAUUAUCUGAAGCGCAACUCUCUUCGGCGGUGGCAGAAUAAUGAAGAGCUAGGCACUGCGCCUCUCAUGCCCGCCAUCGCGGAGAAGUACGGUGCGCCGCUUGGUGUGAUCCACCGCGGUGACUUGCAGCGGACUUUGCUUGCAGAGGCGAAGAAGGCUGGCGUGGACAUCCAGACAGACCAUAAAGUCGUGCGUGCAGACCCCAAGUUCGAGGCGAGAGUCCAGCUCAAGAAUGGCGAGUGGGUUGAAGGAGACUUGAUAAUUGCCGCCGACGGCAUCAAGUCCGACAUCAGAAGGCAGAUUGCGGAGUACCACAAGCACGUCGACCACGCCAGCCCGACCGGUGACGCCGCAUACCGCAUUCUCAUUCCCAAGGAGAAGAUGCAGCAUGACGAGUAUGCCCUUGAGCUUCUGAACACGGACGUGGGCAUGCGGUGGAUGGGUCCCGGCGGGCACAUCAUGGCAUACCCGAUCAAGAACAAUCAAGUUUACAACAUGGUCUUGCUGCAUCCGGAGCGACCGCACGUCGAUCAUCAUGAAGGCGAGAGCUGGACUCGGAAAGGCGAUAAGCAGGAGAUGAUGGGCUUCUACAAGGAGUGGUGUCAGGAAGUCCGCAACUUGUUGUCCUACGUACCAGAAGGCGAGGUCAUGGAGUGGACGCUCAACUCGCAUAAGCCUCUACCGAGCUGGGUGGAAAACAAGGUGGUGUUGAUGGGUGAUGCGUGCCAUCCAAUGCUUCCCUACGUAGCCCAAGGCGCAGCCCAAGCAAUCGAAGACGCCGGCGUCCUGCAGGCCGUCCUCGCCAAAUCAUCAACCGACGUCCCGCUAGCACUCCAAGUCUACGAAGAAGUGCGCAAAGCGCGCGGUGAAGCGGUCCAGGGCUCUGCCGCCACAACACGCAGAGCGCUUCAUCUACCUGACGGACCGGAGCAGCAAGCGCGCGAUGACAAGAUCAGACAGGCUGCGAAGGGUGAGGGAGAAAACCCGGACCUGUGGGCGGACACCGUCUUUCAGGAGUUUAUGUGGGGCACGGAUGUGAUGCGUGAUACUAUUGUAAGGUGGCCGGAGUAUAAGGCGAGGGCGGAGGGCACGCAUUUGCAUGCUUUGGCUGCGGUGGCGUACACUUAGUUUCUCUGUUACUCGAUCGUAGGCUGUUCGAAACGCUUUGUAGAAGGGUUAUGACGCGCAA